GUAGGCUGCAACAGUCUCCACACACGACACUCGUCUACGUAGCGCCACGUUCACAUUCUAUUUGACGGUAUCACCCUCGUGGAUGGCACGAAAUAUCUUCAAACAUUCGUCAUUUUAAUGCGAAAUCCAGGGGAAUUUAGUCAUUAAGAUAACAGCAUUCUAAAUAUCUUCACGGCGGCUUUGUUAACUGGAAGCUCCGCAUCUCACUCUCUCCUUUCUUCUUUCUCUCUCUGGAACGCCACCAUGGCAGUGGUUCUUGGAAAUUUAGCUUUGUUACUAGACGUGACGUCAGCGAGGACCGUUACACCUGACCGAAAAUCCCGUCCCUUGGCGAUCGACGUCCUUUUGAACUUACCGAAGAGAGACCCUUAUUUCUUCCAUGCUUCUCUUUCCAACAAGAGCCAACUCGACUCCUCGGACGGGGAGAAUCGAGCUCACCGAGUGGUGGCUCGUGGCAAAGCGAAUUCGAAAGUAAAGGCGGUGGAUUUCGAUGCUGGGUCCAGCGACGACGAUGGGAACGGAAACGGCAACGGAUUUGAGGAGGAAGAGGAGGAGUACGAUUGGGAGAAGGAAAUGAGGAAGAGAGUUAAGGAAAUUGAGGAGAUGAGAGAGUUGGAAAAGAAAGCGGAGGAGUUGCAGAGUAAAGCGGAAGCAGAGGAAAGUGAAGGCGAAGGUAGCGAAGAAACUGAGGAGAAAAAAAGGAUGAGAGUGAGAAAAGAGCUCGAAAAGGUGGCUCAGGAGCAGGCAGAGAGGAGAGCAACGGCACAAUUGAUGUUCGAAUUGGGCCAAAAGGCUUACGGGAAAGGCAUGUACGGACGGGCCAUUGAGUUUCUUGAAGGUGCUCUGACGAUCAUUCCCAGGCCAACAUUAUUUGGCGGUGAGAUUCAAAUAUGGCUGGCUAUGGCUUAUGAGGCGAAUAACCGCCAUGCGGACUGCAUUGCUCUGUACCAGCAAUUGGAGAAGAGGCACCCUAGUGUGAGCAUUCGACGUCAAGCUGCUGAACUUCGCUACAUCUUGCAAGCACCUAAACUCAAGAUAUCCCAGGAAGAAAUGGUUACUAUACCGCUGAUUGGUUCUAGUUACGACAGCUAUGCAGCAACGUGGAGUGAUAAGUACAAGGACAAGGAUCAGAGAAGUGGGUCGACUACCAAUCAGCUUCCCUCCUCCAGAGACUUUCUAGGGGAUUUUCUGGUGUGGCGGCCGCCUGUUGGACUGGAGAAGAACCAAGCUUUUUGGGUAGCUUUGACUCUAUGGUUUGGCUUGGUGGGAGCUGCCCUGUUUCUACAAAGAUGAAUCAUACAGAACACUCUCUAUAGUUGUUAUUGUUGGAUCGUGAUAUGUUCAUUUAAUUAUUUAUUAUGUCUUGUUAAUGUGAUGUUGAUGCCCUUGUAUUUAUGAAGCAAAAAGAUGUUUUCGUUCAUUAUUUUCGAAAGCAGACUUGAGAGGUCUGUGAUUGGAUA